AACAAAGACGAGUUUGACAAAGCUAUUCAAACCGAGCCACACAAAUUAGAAGGAAACGUCUUAAAAGUUUUCCCGUCUACUAACGCCAACUAAAUCAUGGCAACGUCUAUAGAUAGUUUUAAUGAUCUUAAAGAGCUCGGAAUCGACUGUGAAGACGAUUCUUUAACAGAAACGUUCAACCAAGCAGCCAAUCAUUUACAAAAUUUGCUAUCAAACCUAGACAAUCAAACUCUGUUGACUCUGUACGGCUACUACAAGCAGGGUUCGCACGGCCCCUGCACCACCCCGAAACCCAGCUGGUACGACCUGAAGGCCAAAUCCAAAUGGGAAGCCUGGAGCAAACUGGGAGACAUGCUGCAGAACGAAGCGAAAACCAUCUAUAUUGAAACCAUCAAAAAACUGGACCCGAAUUUCGCCACCGCUUCACCCACGAAGGAGAGCUGGGUGUCCGUGUCUACGUUGCAGGAUGACCCAAGCUCGCGUCACACUGGGGAAAAAACCCUGGUCGAUUACGUGAAAGAGGAGGACCGCGAGCAAGUCACGAAUAUUUUGGGGUCUCCAGAUGGGAAAAAAAUUAUUAAUGAAGUCGAUGAAGACGGGUUGGGUUUGAUUCACUGGGCUGCGGAUCGAGGGUCCGUUGAUAUUCUGAAGGUUUUGAUUGAGGGUGGAGCUGAUGUGGAUCUUCAGGAUUGUGACGGACAAACUGCCUUACAUUAUGCUUCGAGUUGUGGCCAUUUGGAUUCCGUUAGGGUGCUCCUGGAGAGCGGGGCAAGGCGGGAUGUUUUGGAUAAUGACGGGUCGAGUCCGGAAGCUGUGGCUUGCGAUGGCGCUGUUAAGGAAUUGUUGGCAAAUUUUACGUAGUUAGGAUGUAGUGGUUGUUAUUAGUUAAUUAAAUAUAUCACAAAGUA